AUGCCGACGGCCCUGGCCCUCGGCAUAGGGGGCGAUUCCGGUAGUGAGAGGAGAUGUCAAGGACAGCUCCCAAUUCGUGGCGGAGACACCAGCACAGAUAGGGUUUGGGUGAGGGUUGAUUCCUACCCUGAUGGCAGCAACCCUCCUUCCGCAACCUUGCCCGCCGAGUGCACUGAGCUGUUUUGCUGUACAAAGAGCCUCUCCUUUUCAAUAGAUAAUACAAUCAAUCCAACUGUUAACUUUGGUGUGCUUUUUGGAUGGACUAAUAUGAAGACGCUGGCUAGCUCGCAUUGCCAUCAUAUAUUCUAGAAGCAAGAGCAAGGAUUAUAGCGAAAAUAAAGGUACAAUGCUCCCAAUAUAUUUUACGUUUUUGGCGAAGUUUUGGUGCUUGCGGAAGAAAAUAACACCAUCAUUAUACCUACUGCUCAUUUUUUAUUCAGGCAAUUAGCCAUCAGUAGGAAAUGGCAACUAAUUGUACUUUCUCUGUUGCAGAGGUGAAAUUAGUACUGCUUUUCUAAAG